GAGCGCGCGGCAGCGGCCGCCCGCCUGCAGUCGCGCCCGAGGCUCCCUGGCCCGGGAGCGCCCGGCGACAAUUUCGGCGCGGGCGAUGGAAGAUGGAAGGAAGAAAUGCCGCGGCAGAGACAUUUGUUUGGGUUAACAAUGCAUCAGCGCAUUCCCAGAGUGUUGCCAAGGCCAAAUAUGAGUUUUUAUUUGGCAGAUCUGAAGAGAAACCUCCAGAUACUAGUGAUCAUGGAGGAAGCACUUUACUGCCACCGAAUGUCACAAAUGAAUUUCCAGAAUAUGGGACCAUGGAGGAGAGUGGAGAAGGCCUAAGAACUUCUCUUGGGUUUGAUACAGAGUCUCUGCCGGGCGGCCCACAGGGGCAGCAGGGGGCCCAGCUUUUCGACGGCCACCACUCUGGGCCUGACAGUGUUACAGAGGGACCAAAAGAUGUCAGAGAGUCCCUCUCUCAAAGUCACCUCAAGGAACAAAGUUUACAACCCAUUGACUCUUUGAUUUCAACUCUGGAAGCCACGGAAGCCAGAAUAGCUUCAGGAAUAUUACAGGCUACAAAGGUACUGGACAAAGAUGCUGUUUCUAGUUUUUCAGUUCAGCAGGUGGAGAGGGAGCUGGACACUGCCCUUCAUAAAACAAAGAGACACAGAGCCAACAAAUUAUUUCCUUCUGGCCAAGGAAAAGGACCAGAUAUACCUCUUUCAGCUAAAGUUACAACUGAGGAGAAUUCUUACUUGAGCAUCCAGAAGGAUCUGACUGUACUGUUAACUGGAGAGGCUCAGGCAGAGCUUUCUGAGAUAACUGAUAGUGGUAGCAAAGGGGCUCUUCGUGUGCAGGAGCCUGCUCGUCCGGUCUCCUCCCUGGGGAGCCCAGCAGCGACCCAUACCUCUGCGGGCAGUGUUGGUUUUUUGAGGGAGAGAAGGUCUGAUCAAGGUAGCUCCACAGGACGCCCCGGCCGGGUCAAACACGUGGAGUUUCAAGGGGUGGAAAUACUGUGGACAGGAAGGGAGAAAGGAGAGACACAGCACCCUGUGGAUUUUGAGAUCCCGUCGGAAAGGCCGACCUCUCCUGAAAGCAGAGAGUUUUCCAACAUGCCAAGCCAUCUCCUCUCAUCUGCCGGUUUGUAUAAUUCAGUUGGUUUGACGGAGAGUGUUUGGGAUGGAACCUGGAGCGCUUCAUCAGAGAAGCCGGACGCUAGCUCAGGGACGUUUUCCCCUCUGCCUCUUGUCGACAGUGCAGAGGAUGAGGUCUUCCUAAAGGAAAACAGAGAACAUCCUGAGAAGAAACCUGACCUGGAGACAGACAAGGGAAGGAUUCUUGAGCAAGAGGAGCACUUUAGGGGAGGAGAUGAUGAUAUCCUUGGGCCUGGUUAUGCAGAGGACUCCACUGAUGUGUACAGCUCCCAGUUUGAAACCAUUUUGGACAACACUUCCUUAUACUACAGUGCUGAGUCCUUGGAGACAUUAUAUUCAGAACCUGAUAGCUAUUUUAGCUUUGAAAUGCCCCUAACUCCAAUGAUACAGCAGCGCAUUAAGGAAGGCAGUCAGUUCCUGGACAGGACGUCAGUGGCAGGACAGCAAGAUGUCCUGAGCGUCUCAGCAGAUGGUGGAAUAGUGAUGGGCUAUUCUAGUGGGAUCACCAAUGGGCUGAAUGACACCAGUGACCCCAUCUACAUGAGAGGCACACCAGAGAUUGCUUUCUGGGGAAGCAAUGCUGGGGUAAAAACAACACUACUAGAGGCUCAUUCUGAGAUGGGGAGCACAGAAAUUCUGGAAAAGGAGACCUCAGAAAGUCUCAGUAAUGGUACCAGCAGCAACGUAGAAGCAGCCAAAAGGUUGGCCAAACGACUUUAUCAACUAGACAGAUUCAAAAGAUCGGAUGUCGCAAAGCACCUAGGCAAGAACAAUGAAUUUAGCAAACUAGUUGCAGAAGAAUAUCUGAAGUUUUUUGAUUUUACAGGAAUGACACUGGAUCAGUCUCUCAGGUAUUUCUUUAAAGCAUUUUCUCUUGUGGGAGAAACUCAAGAACGAGAGAGAGUUUUAAUACACUUCUCCAAUAGAUACUUUUACUGUAACCCAGAUACCAUUGCUUCACAAGAUGGGGUCCAUUGUCUCACCUGUGCAAUGAUGCUUCUUAACACAGAUCUCCACGGCCAUAAUAUUGGAAAGAAGAUGACCUGCCAAGAGUUCAUUGCAAACCUUCAAGGGGUAAAUGAGGGUGGUGAUUUCUCCAAGGAUCUACUGAAAGCUCUGUACAACUCUAUUAAGAAUGAGAAGCUUGAAUGGGCAGUAGAUGAUGAAGAGAAAAAAAAAUCUCCAUCCGAAGGUACUGAUGAGAAGGCUAAUGGGACACAUCCAAAGACCCUCAGUCGUAUUGGGAGCACUACCAACCCAUUCUUAGACAUUCCUCAUGACCCAAAUGCUGCUGUGUACAAAAGUGGAUUCUUGGCUCGGAAGAUCCAUGCAGAUAUGGAUGGAAAGAAGACUCCAAGAGGAAAGCGAGGAUGGAAAACUUUUUAUGCUGUACUAAAGGGAACAGUCCUUUACUUGCAAAAGGAUGAAUAUAAACCAGAAAAGGCCCUGUCUGAAGAGGAUUUGAAAAACGCCGUGAGUGUGCAUCAUGCGCUGGCAUCCAAGGCCACAGACUAUGAGAAGAAGCCGAAUGUGCUUAAACUUAAAACUGCCGACUGGAGGGUCUUGCUUUUUCAAGCCCAGAGUCCAGAGGAAAUGCAAGGGUGGAUAAACAAAAUUAAUUGUGUUGCAGCUGUAUUUUCUGCACCACCAUUUCCAGCUGCCAUUGGAUCUCAGAAAAAGUUUAGUCGUCCACUUCUGCCUGCAACUACAACAAAAUUGUCUCAAGAGGAACAGCUGAAAUCUCAUGAAAGCAAGCUGAAGCAGAUUACCACUGAGCUCGCUGAGCACCGCUCUUAUCCCCCAGACAAGAAAGUUAAAGCCAAGGAGAUAGAUGAAUACAGACUGAAAGAUCACUAUCUGGAGUUUGAGAAAACCCGUUAUGAAAUUUAUGUCAGCGUUCUAAAAGAAGGAGGCAAGGAGCUCCUGAGUAACAAUGAAAGUGAGGCUGCAGGACUGAAGAAGUCACAUUCAAGUCCUUCACUGAACCCGGAUUCAUCCCCAGUAACAGCCAAGGUCAAGCGUAAUGUGUCAGAGAGGAAAGAUCACCGACCUGAAACACCAAGCAUUAAGCAAAAAGUUACUUAGAAUCCAUCUGUGACCAGGAAGUACUGGUCAUGGAGCAAAAUAGAGUUUUUCAAGAUCUUUCUGGUAAACCCGUGAAUAUAUUUUUAAACAGUCUGUGACUAAAUGGUGCAUUAGUAACCUUUUCUAUUGUAUAAUUUUGUUAGUUUCUGUACUGAUUGUCUCUUUGCUCUUAAUUUCUUUGCUUUGAUGAUUUUUUUUGCUACUUGAUGACUAAUGCACCUUUUUCGUGAGGGGGAGGGGAUCGUGAUUUCAGAAUGAAUUGCGUGUCACUUUUCCUUUGGUUUUUUUCUUGUUUGCCCUCUUCUCAGUUGUUUUAUGUAUUCUCAAAUCAGCUGUUACACUUUUUUAAGAUUAAAAAAUUUAAUUCA